CCUAAGGAGCGUCUCAAACCGUCAGCACCGGAGCCACCGGAGCCACCGGAGUCACCGGAGCCACCGGAGCGGAGUGUAAUGCGCACUGAAGCCACCGGAGCCACCGGAGCCACCGGAGCGGAGUGUAAUGCGCACUGAAGCCACCGGAGCCACCGGAGCCUACUACAUUAGUUUAGUUCAUUAUGUACCGCGCUGAUUUGGCCCUGUGGCGCGGACAGGCUUCUGUGUUACCUGUUAGUUAACAGUGGACACAGGACAGUGGUCCAUAAAAGUGGAAGGAGAAGAUGUGGAAGCAGAGCGGCCGGAGCUCGGCUCUGGAGCGGGCCCAGGCGGUGCUCUCCUCGCGCAGAGGCAGAGCGGCACCAGUGGCGGCCGCACCACGGCAUUCCUCUGCUCAGGUGUCACAUCAAGGUGCCGUGCGCCCACCUCCAGCCAAAAUGUCCUCCGAGCUCCUUUCAGAUCUGAGUGACAACGAGUCCUCACUCAGCCUUGGCCCUGAACAGGUUAACCGGGCCGGAGCCACUCCUGUGCCAAACCAAACGGGCGACGGGGGUCCGGAGGUGGCUCGCCCUUUGACCCCUCUGGACUCUUGUGCCAUUAGGUUCUUAAAAAGACCUUCCACUGCAGCCCAGGACCAGCCCAAAGAAAGAGCAGUCCCCUCUUCACUGCGGGGAUCCCAGGCUGCGGUUCUCAACAGACUGGCCCAAAUAGAAAACCGCUUCGGAAAAAGUCUGCACACCACAGGUUCUUCAAGAGCAGGGAAGACGGCUGUGCAGGAGUUCACAGAGGAGCAGGGUGUGUUACCUAGCACAGACCAGCCCAGCAUGGAUCAGCCCAGCAUGGAUCAGCCCAGCAUGGAUCAGCCCAGCAUAGAUCAGCCCAGCAUGGACCAGCCCAGGCGUUUUGUGAAGAGCAGGCCUCCAGGUGCUCAUGGGAGACGCUCAGAGGACUCUAACAGCAGACGGCAGCUCCACACUGAGACCCCUCCACCUCCCCCCUGCACAGUGCUCUACCCCCCUCCAACUUCACUACGCAACACUUUGACUGUCCAGACUCAGUCCAGCCUCUCUACCCCCUCCAUGUCCCCCUCUCCCCCCUGCAUGCCCCCCUCUGCCCCCAGUUUAUCCCCCUCGUCCCACAGUCUGUCCUCUGUGGGCUCUGCGAGCUCUGCUGGUGGAAAUGUGUGCUCUCUGGAGGAGCUGUUUCCUUUGAAGGCGGCCUCAGAGGAUGCUCACAGUGACAGCUCAGACAGUUCUGAACACUUUAGACCGAAACUGAUAGACUUGGACGAGUUGGCUCCUUCUGCUCUGCUGCUGGAGGAACAUCCAAGUGCACAGGAGCCAGAGCUGCAGGAGGAGCCCCAAGAGGAGGUGCCAGAUGAGGUGGAUGUGCCAGACAAGGUGGAGGUGGUAGAUCAGGUGGAAGAAGUGGAGGAGGUGCUGGAGGAGGACUACACUAGUGAGUUUGAGAGUGUUUUUCAGACAGAGAGCCUCUCUGAGCACUUCCAAGGAGGUGGCCGGCCCCAAUCUCCCUACUCAAAGUCCAGUUACUCCGAUACGUUCAGCAGAGCCACCCCAUCUGAGCCCUGCACUUCUGAACCUCCACCUCACAGUCAUGCUCCUUUACUCCAUGGUCACGCCCCUCUACCCCACAGCUACUUCUCUCUACCACAGCCCGACAUGACGUCAGCAAACGCCUUCAGAGACACAGUGGGACAAGCCUCUCAUGUGCCUGCAACUGGCUGUAGCUCAUGUCCGUCCCUGGAGCUCUUGAUGCAAAGCCUGAGGCAGCAGCUGACCCUGACCUCACACUUCAUCAGCAGCUCUCAGGAGCACCAAGCUCGAGUCCUGCAGGGUCUUGGACCUCCCAACUACAGAUACACCACUCUGCAGGACACACUCAAGUACAUCUCCACACUCCGAGCCUCCAGACCACACUCAGACCAGCAGACAGCGAGGAGGUGACCACGAUACUCCAUGAUAUAUAGAUUUGAAAUGGUUAUUUUUUUCUCAGAUUAUGGGCCUAAUUAUAUUUAUAUGGAUGGCCUGGUUAGCUUUUUGAUGCCAGAAAAUCAUUAUUUUUGAAUAAAACAUACACAUUUUUUGACAA